GUUUCCCCAGCCUCAGCCCUCAUCUCUUAUUCAUCGCUGGGUCCUCUCUUUUCUCAUCCAUUUCCUCUGAUUUGGACCUCGAAUCAAACAUUUUCCCAAAUUUUCCUUCAUUUUCUUUCUGGGUUUUGAUUCUUCCUUCAAUCUUCUUGGCUUUUCCCCUCUUCUUCUCAUCUGGGUCUCUUCUAGAAAAUGGGGAAAAACCAAGCUUACAAGGCUAUGCAGAGAGCCAGGCUCGGCUCCAGCUCCGCUGGCCCUGAAGAGAUCGAAGACGGCAUGUCGCAGGUGGAUGGUUCUUUUCAUUCACCAGAGUGGCAUGCUGCUCGUUUGGCCAGCCUAAAAACUUCUCACACAAUUACCUGGGAAGAGUACAAAAAGAAGCAAAAGGAAGAUGAAUUGAGAAAGGGUGAGCUGGAAGCAGAUAAAGAUAAAAUGAUGAGAGAGUACAGGGCUCAAUUAGAUGCUGAAAGGGCAAGCAAGCUGGCCCAUGGAAGAAACCAUUCAAGCAGCAAGUCUAAUCACAAAAAGGAUAGGAAGGACAAAGAUUUCAAGAAACGCAGCAGCAAAAAGAGGAAGCAUUCAAGGAAGAGAUCUUCUGAGUCUAGCUCCUCAAGUUCAUCCUCAGAGUCAAGUAGCGAAGAUGAAGAGAGAGAGUCAAGAAGAGCAAAGUCCAGGUCCAAGAGAACGAAAAAGGAGAAGAAGCACAGAUCAAAAUCAAAGCACUCUAUCGGUGAUGACAGCGAGGGCAAUGGUCCGCUGCCGCUCUCUAAAUUCUUUGAGAGUGCGAAGAGCUAGUGAACUUAUCAAGAUCACUGUUAUGAACUUCUAAAAACUCUCUUCUUAUAGUAGCACAUGAGCGGAUUCUUUGAGGUCCCUUAAAUUUCUAGAAAGUUUGCCUCUCUAUUUUCAUUCAGAAAUAUUGUAGUUUCAGUUUUAUUUUAUUUUGAUCUUGUUUGGUGAGUUGAAAUAGUCGA